AUGACUGUCUCUCCCAUAAAUACUAGUUUGUUCGUUUGCGGUUACGGUUGCGGUCCCGUUGUCUGGGGUCCCCUGUCAGAAUUAUAUGGAAGGAAGCCUCCUGUGACCGUCGUUAUGUUUGGCUUUGCUAUCUUCAACAUUGCGGUGGCUGUUGCUAAAGAUAUCCAAACAAUCAUGAUUUGUCGAUUUUUCAGUGGCUUCUUUGCUAGUAGUCCUAUGGCCAUCUGCGCCGCCGCUUUUGCGGAUUUCUAUUCGAACCAACAUCGAGGUACUGCUAUCACUACUUUUGCUGCCAUUGUAUUUGGGGGUUACUAUCUCCCAUCAUUAGCGGAUUUAUUACGAAAUCUUAUUUGGGUUGGCAAUGGAUCGAUACUCGAUAACUACUUCUUGAUUCCUGUCAAGCUUUUAUUUACGGAACUCAUUGUCUUCUUGGUCACACUCUAUUCUUCUUUCGUAUAUGGUAUUUUGUACUUGCUUUUGGAAGCGUAUCUUAUUAUCUUUUCUAAAAAACGUCAGUUAUCUAUGGGUGUUGCUGAACUUCCAUACAUUGGUUUAUUGAAAGCCAUAUCCGGAGGGUCGUCGCCACCUUUAAUUAUUGGUGCUUUCAUCUUUCCUGCCGGUAUUUUUUGGAUGGCGUGGUCAGGUAACUAUCCACACGUUCAUUGGAUUGUUCCCAGCUUGUCUGGUUUGCUUACCGGAGCCGGGAUUUUGUUGAAUUUUUUAAACUACCUGAUUGAUGCGUACUUGUUCCGUGCAGCCUCGGCGAUGGCUGCUAAUACAAUGAUGCGUAGUUCAGUUGCUGCAGGAUUUCCUCUGUUCGCUAUCCAAAUGUUCCAUAAUUUGGGAGUGGGUUGA